UGACUGCCACGGGACCUCAGCUGCAGACAGCGCCACGUGUGUGGACCUGCAGCUCACGACCUGCAGCGACGCCGCCUACAACCAGACUGCCUUCCCCACCCUGCUGGACCUCCGGUCCCGGGAGGCGGUGGAGUCCAGCUCCGAGUACAUCCUGCUCAGCGUCCUGCACCACCUCCUGGAAGGCCAGUGCAACCCCGACCUGCGGCUGCUGGGCUGCGCCGUGCUGGCCCCCCGGUGCGGGGGCGGCCGGGUGCACAGGCCCUGCCGGCACGUGUGCGAGGCGCUGCGGGAGGCCUGCCAGCCCGCCUUCGACGCCAUCGACAUGGCCUGGCCCUACUUCCUCGACUGUGGCCGCUACUUCGCGAGCGCGGAGGAGGGCUGCUUCGACCCCCUGGAGAAACUGCGCGGAGGCCUGGACGCGGAGGAGGCCCCGCCCUCGGGGCUGCCGCCCACCUCCGUCCGCUUCGCGCACCACUCCUACGCCCAGAUGGCGCGCGUGCUGCGGCGGACGGCCGCCCGCUGCGCCCACAUCGCCAAGACCUACAGCAUCGGGCGGAGCUUCGACGGCAAGGAGCUGCUGGUCAUCGAGUUCUCGGCCCGGCCCGGCCAGCACGAGCUGAUGGAGCCUGAGGUGAAGCUGAUUGGCAACAUCCAUGGCAACGAGGUGGCGGGGCGGGAGAUGCUCAUCUACCUGGCCCAGUACCUGUGCUCCGAGUACCUGGUGGGCAGUCCCCGCAUCCAGCGCCUGCUCAACACCACCCGCAUUCACCUGCUGCCCUCUAUGAACCCCGAUGGCUACGAGGUGGCGGCCGCCGAGGGUGCUGGCUACAACGGGUGGACCAGCGGGAGGCAGAACGCGCAGAACUUGGAUCUGAACCGCAACUUCCCUGACCUGACAUCCGAAUACUACCGCCUGGCAGCGUCCGGCAGCGGGCGCAGCAGUCACAUUCCCAUCCCACAGCACUACUGGUGGGGUAAGGUGGCCCCUGAGACCAGGGCGAUAAUGAAGUGGAUGCGGACCACCCCAUUCGUGCUCUCAGCCAGCCUCCAUGGGGGGGACCUGGUGGUGUCCUACCCCUUCGAUUUCUCCAAACACCCGCAGGAAGAGAAGAUGUUUUCUCCCACGCCCGAUGAGAAGGCUGUGUGUGUGAACGUGAACCCCCAGCCUGUCCUGGGCCUUCAGGGGGGCUCCCCGAGGUGGUGUCUGCCUCAGCAGAGCCUGGAGGAGGUGACUUCCCACAGAGCGGUGGGGCUGCGCCUGGCACCGCCGGCCGCGACCUCAGGCCCCCACGCUCUGCUGCCACCCCUCUACGCUGGCACGACACUUGUAUGUGACACGUGGCAGGUGAGGAGACCGGGCUCAGGCCAGAGAAGGGCCCAGGGCACCCAGGGCACGGGCAUCGGCUCUGGGACCACACGGCGGGCCCAGCUGCGGGCAGGCAGCACGGCCUCUUGGGCUCUGGCUCCAGAGCCCAUUCGCCCCCUGCUCAGCGAACUGUCCCCUCCUGCCCGUGACCCCCGGGGCACAGGCAGCUUCUCCACGUCCCAGAGCCCAGGGGCAUGUUUCCUUGACUCCCCCUCCAGUCUGGGGCACGACCCCAUUUCUGGGGUCCACAAAGGAGCCACAGGGCAGCGCUCAGGCCGCCCCUGCCCCGCAGGCAUGUCCGACUUCAACUACCUGCACAGCAACUGCUUCGAGAUCACGGUGGAGCUGGGCUGCGUGAAGUUCCCCCCCGAGGAGGCCCUCUACACCAUCUGGCAGCACAACAAGGAGCCCCUCCUGAACUUCGUGGAGAUGGUGCACCGCGGCAUCAAAGGUGUGGUGAUGGACAAGUUUGGCAAGCCGGUCAAAAAUGCCCGGAUUUUGGUCAAGGGCAUCCGCCAUGACAUCACCACAGCGCCGGACGGGGACUACUGGAGGCUGCUGCCCCCGGGCUCCCACAUCGUCAUAGCUCAAGCCCCCGGCUACUCCAAGGUCAUCAAGAAGGUCACCAUCCCCGCCCGGAUGAAGAGGGCCGGCCGCGUGGACUUCAUCCUCCAGCCCCUGGGGACCAGACCCAGGAAGUCCCUCCCUGGGCCGCGGAGAGGCGGGUCUGGAGUCCGAGACCCGCUGGGAGGCCCCGGCCAGUACGGGGAGCCCCAGGAGCCCCAGGAGCCCCUCGGGGCGCGGAGGCAGCCCUCUGCCGGCGGCAAGCCCUGGUGGUGGGCCUACUUCACGUCACUGAGCCACCACAGACCUCGCUGGCUGCUCAAGUACUAGGGGCCACCGCCCCCACCCUCCGGCCCGGGCUCCGCACUCUUCAUUCUGUCUUCUGAAGACACCCUGGAAAGCUCUUUCUGGUUUAUUAAAGUCAUUUUAUUCAC